AUGUCCACGGAUACCGGGCACAGUUCUGCGCCGACUGAUGGGAAAUGGGGCCUGCAUCAGCCAGAAAAGCUCAUCAACUGGGGCCACCGAGCCAUGCACGGCUCCGUCACGGCAACAAAGCAGAUUGUCCAGUCCUAUUACACCGGGGACAUACAAUUCUCCUAUUACGCCGGCUGCUCCACCGGCGGCCGCCCAGGACUCCGAGCCGCCAAGGCCUCCGAGAGAUCCAACUUCACCCCGACGCGUUCGACGGCGUCGUCCUCCCAUCACAUACCCCCUCCGCUAUUCCGCAUCAUCGCAGAUGAAAUGACCCGGCAGUGCGAUGCGCAAGACGGCCUGCGCGACGGCAUCAUCAGCGACCCCGACGGCUGCAGCUUCGACUUCAACCGGCUCCUCUGCUCGCCGGGCAACAAGACCGCCUGCCUGACGGCUGCCCAGAUCGACACGGCCGAAAGGCUUUACAGCAACUACCUCGACACGAAGCAGGCUCUCGUGUUCCCCGGGAUAUCGCUCGGCACCGACGCGGCCGCCCUCUCCGCCCAGCCGUCCACCCUGGGCAUCGACUUUCUCCGCUACUGGGUGCACAACGACAGCAGCUGGGACUACACGACCUUUGAGUACAGCGACGUGCUCCUCUCAGAGAAGAUCAACCCCGGGGCCGCAACCGCCGACGACUUCGACUUGUCCCCCUUCCAGAACCGGGGCGGCAAGCUCAUCCACUACCACGGUCUGGCGGAUAACUUGAUUCCCGCGGGGAGCAGCCGGUACUUCUACGACCAGGUGUACCGCGCCCUGACUCCCAAGGGCAUCCACGUCAGCGACUUUUACCGCUUCUUCUACGUGCCCGGCAUGGAGCACUGCAUGGGCUCGGCCGUCGCGGCGCCGUGGUACAUUGGCGGCGGGACGCAGAGCGUAACGGGGGCGAGCCACUCGGUCCCCGGGUUCGCGGAUCCCGAGCACGACGUCAUACUGGCCAUUAUGGCCUGGGUCGAGGGCGGCACGGCGCCCGACAAGAUCGUCGCCACCAAGUUCCGCAACGACUCGGUCUUUGCGGGGGUGGAAUCGCAGCGGCCGCUGUGCGCGUACCCCCUGCAAGCGGUGUACUUGGGGCGCGGUGGGAUAAAGGAUGCGAGGAACUGGGAAUGCGUGGAGGCAGAAACGGACAGGGCGCGGCGCAGCGGCUCUGGGAAUGUUUUUGCUGGACUUACAGGCGAGUCGGGUUGA